AUGGAAAAUACUUCUCCGCCUUCUAAGGGAACCACUUUCGAGAAUCUGCAAAAUAUUGCCAUGGUCCAUAAGUUCGACCAUAAUCGCGGGAUCUUUCCAGGGCCCAAACCCCAGAUAAGUUCGACCGCAACUUGUGGUGAGAAUGUACCCGAACCUGAGCUAUACUGCAAACUCGUUGGAUCCAAUUGGUUGGACAAACCCGACAACGUUCACAUCAACUUAAUUCAAGGCCAGGCCUGCGAUUUUUGUGAUCCCAGUGAUCAAAAUCGCGCGCAUCCGCCACAAUAUGCUAUCGACGGCACAGAGCGCUGGUGGCAGAGCCCACCCCUCUCUCGAGGAACCAAAUACAACGAGGUCAAUUUGACCAUUGACUUGGGACAAGAAUUCAAUGUGGCCUAUGUGUUCAUUAAGAUGGGUAACGCCCCCAGACCUGGGGUUUGGGCCCUUGAAAGAUCCCGCGAUUAUGGUCGAACGUAUGGACCAUGGCAAUAUUUUGCUGAUACACCGGGAGACUGUGUCUAUUAUUUUGGUCACUCAUCGUUGGGACCCAUUAUUAAAGACGAUUCGGUGUUAUGUGAGACCAGAUUCUCGAAAGUGGUUCCCUUAGAAGGCGGAGAAAUUGCAGUUAGAAAUGACUUACCAUCCGGCUCACAUAACUCUGGCUUUUGUUGUAAUCCUGUAGAGAAUACGGUCGCCCGACAGGACCCGACAGUUACCCGACGAUACUUUUAUUCGAUAAAAGACAUAAACAUUGGCGGCCGUUGUGUAUGCAAUGGUCACGCGUCUCAAUGCGAUCAAAUAGAUCCCAACGAUCCGUAUCGAGUGAGCUGUAGCUGUACUCGCAAUACGUGUGGCAAUCAGUGCGAGAGAUGUUGUCCGGGAUAUAUGCAGAGGGAGUGGAGACGCGCCACCAUUAAUAUCCCGUUUGCGUGCGAGAAAUGCAAUUGUUUUAGUCAUUCAGAAGAGUGUUAUUACGAUAAGGAAAUGGACAAAAAUCGACUCAGUCUUGAUAUUAACGGCAAAUAUAAUGGCGGAGGAGUUUGUGUUAAUUGCCGACACAAUACCGAAGGCAUAAAUUGCAAUAAAUGUAAAUCAGGAUUUUAUCGGCCCAGGAAUAGACCCAUCGAUGCGCCCGAUGUGUGCGAACCAUGUAAUUGUAAUUACCAUUACUCUACUGGCAAUUGUACGGAAGGCACGGGACAGUGCGAAUGUAAACCAAACUUUAUUCCUCCACUUUGCGAUCGAUGCAGUUAUGGAUAUUUCGGUUAUCCUGAAUGCAAAGAGUGUGAGUGUUUCCCAAACGGGACGCACGGGAAUGUAUGCGAGCCUAAGGAGGGGACGUGUCCCUGUAGGGAAGGAUAUUCGGGCAAAUUUUGCAAACAAUGCUCUGAACGCUACUUCGGAUUCCCCGCCUGCGAGUCCUGCAACUGUCACUCAACGCACUCCAUAUCCAAUGUGUGUGACAUCGGGUCGGGUCAGUGCCAGUGCGCCAACAGUUACGGCGGACGUCAAUGCGAUGAAUGCGAUAUUGGUUUCUAUGAUUACCCCCGAUGUCUAUUCUGUUCGUGCGAUUCCAGCGGCACUACAGACAAAAUCUGCGACAACACGACCGGUAUUUGCUUCUGUAAGGAGGGCUAUGCCGGCGAUCGAUGCGAUAUGUGUGCUCCUAAUUACUUUGGAUUUCCUAAUUGUACAAAAUGUAUGUGCGAUGAAAUCGGUUCAUACGGUCAGGUUUGUGACACAUAUGGCAAAUGUGUUUGCCGUCAAAACUUUGGAGGACUUAAAUGUGGCGAUUGUUCUCCAGGUUACUAUAAAUACCCGGAAUGUUUGCCCUGUAGUUGCGAUUAUAGGGGCAGUAAUGGUGUUUCGUGUGAUUACGCGGGUCGAUGUAUUUGUGGCGAUAGAUUUGAAGAGUGCAAUUGCAAUCCAGCCGGUUUGGUCGCACAGUUUGGUGGUUGCGAUAAAGUACAGGAGGGAAGAUUGUGCGAAUGCAAACAGAGAGUGACCGGACGGAUAUGCAAUCAAUGCAAAGAUCUGUAUUGGAAUUUACAAAUCACUAACCCUUCGGGUUGUGAAGAAUGUAAGUGCAAUCGUAACGGAACUAUCAAUGGAAUCGGUUUAUGUAACACAGAAUCGGGAGAUUGUCGCUGCAAACGCAAUGUUAAGGGAAGAGUGUGUGACUCGUGUAAAGACGAGACCUAUGGCUUAAGAUCUGGAGAUGUUUUUGGAUGGGAGAAGUGCGACAAAUGUAGGGAAGGAUACUAUAAUUUUCCGCGAUGUGAAGAGUGCAAUUGCAAUCCAGCUGGUUUGGUCGCACAGUUUGGUGGUUGCGAUAAAGUACAGGAGGGAAGAUUGUGCGAAUGCAAACAGAGAGUGACCGGACGUAUUUGCAAUCAAUGCAAAGAUCUGUAUUGGAAUUUACAAAUCACUAACCCUUCGGGUUGUGAAGAAUGUAAGUGCAAUCGUAACGGAACUAUCAAUGGAAUUGGUUUGUGUAACACAGAAUCGGGAGAUUGUCGCUGCAAACGCAAUGUUAAGGGAAGAGUGUGUGACUCGUGUAAAGACGAGACCUAUGGCUUAAGAUCUGGAGAUGUUUUUGGAUGUGUUGGCUGUAACUGCGAUUUUGGCGGAUCUAUUCAUUCCGUAUGCAAUAAGACCAGCGGUCAGUGCUAUUGUCGGCCGCGAGUGAAAGGUCUUCGUUGCACAGAACCCAUUGAUGUGACAUAUUUUCCGACAUUUUAUCAAUUUCUAUACGAAGCCGAGGACUGGCGAAACCCAACCGGUUCUCCGGCGCGGUUUGGAUACGACGAGACAGUGUUUGGCAACUAUUCGUGGAGAGGUUACGCCACCUUCAAUGACCUCCAGAGGGAGAUCAUCGCCAAUAUAACUAUUCAAAAGCCGAGUAUAUAUCGAGUGAUUAUUCGUUACGUGAAUUUAAACAGUGAGACAAUUAGCGGUAGCAUAACCUUCACUCCGGCCGAGUCUUUUGGAGAGACACAACAGAGCAGUUCCGUUCAGUUCGACACAACCAAAGAACCCAAACUACUAUACGUUACGGGAAAGCCCGGACUUAUAAUACCUCCUCUCGUCUUAAAUCCGGGUCAAUGGGAGGCGUCUCUGAAAGUAGACAAAAACGAUUUACUCAUUGAUUACAUAGUACUCAUACCUCAGGCCUAUUUCGAUCAAACAGUGGUGAGGGAGAGAGUGUCGAAGCCGUGUAAACUGGACCGACAGCACAUGUGUCAACACUACGCUUAUCCUGAUUUCCCCGACGAUAGCUCAGUGGUUAGGGGACAGUCAGCCUUCGUGGUCACUGACGACACCCGCUCUAACGCACAAGUCUUUAAUGACGAGACUGUGCUUAAGAAACUUAAUUAUGAGGGAAGUCUCGCCCUUCUCGACAAACAACAUCCCAAAGUUGUAAUGGAAUUAGCGGUUAAUAAACCCAACACUUAUGCACUCGUAAUCAGUUAUCAUAACCCAACUAUUAAUGACAUCAAAAACAACGGGUCCGUAGACUUAGUUCUAGAGAUCAAAAGACCGAACGUAGAGAUAGUAGAAAGGGUUGAGGUGUCGGUCGCCGACUGUCCCUAUAGUUUCAUUUGCCGACAAAUAGUGACCGACAGCGGCGGACAAAUCUCUACCUAUGAAUUAGACUCCAUUUUUGUUGAGUUGUCGUUGGGUUUAUCUGAUUCGGUGCCCGAAGACUAUUCGAUUGGUUUGGAUGCCGUGGCGGCCAUCGCUUAUCCCGAAAAGUGGUCAAUAGAUCACUUGACCCCUCGAUUUGUUUGCAUUAAAAAGAAGGGCGAAUGCAUGGAAUCGGCCUUUUCUAUCGUUCCGGAGGCCAACAAAAUUGAGAUGGAAAGGGAUCAGAAUAGAGACCGUAUAUCGAGUCGACUGCCGUUUGAAGUGAAAGAACCACUCGAGCCAACACUUCCGCAACUCAUUUAUCUGGAAGAUAAAGAGCCGACGGUUGACAUCAGGGGAACAGUUCCGCGGCGAGGAUUGUAUACAUUUGUGUUGCGAUAUUUUCAACCGGAAAACUCUGGCUUCGAAUUGGAGGCAAACAUUCAAAACGGAUUGUUUCACAACGGAAUCGUCGCUAUAGAGCACUGUCCGAGUCGUACGGGUUGUCGGGCAGUCAUCAGACAGCGCGACACAAAUGUCACCUUUUUUCAAGUGGACGACAGUUUUAUGCUUACGUUGAAAACACCGGAGGGAAAGAAUAUUUGGGUGGACUAUAUUCUGGCCAUUCCUGUCGAUCAUUACGAUCCCGCUAUACUUGAUCUCAAACCAGAAGACAAGAGCUCUAAUCUCAUCACUCAAUGCUUUCAAAACGCGUUUUACAUGAAUCCAGACGAAGCCAGUGAAUUGUGUCGUUCGUUCAUAUUCUCAAUUACUGUUGACUUUAAUGGUGGAGCUCUUCCCUGUCAGUGCAACACCGAUGGCUCACAUGAUUAUAAAUGCAAAGCAUUUGGCGGUCAAUGCAAUUGUAAGCCCAAUGUUAUCGGAAGAACGUGUUCGCGCUGUAAGACUGGAUUCUUUGGUUUCCCUCAUUGCAGGGCUUGUAACUGCCCGUCAACUGCAGUGUGCCAUCAGGUGACUGGUGAAUGCAUUUGUCCCCGUGGAGUAACGGGUGAUCAGUGCAACAAAUGCCUUCCCCUAACGUUUGGUUUUGAUCCCAUCAUUGGAUGCGUUGACUGCGAUUGCGAACCCUAUGGCGUACAGAAUCGGGACCUCCAAUGCGAUGUCGAGACCGGAAACUGUAACUGUAAACGCAAUAUCAUUGGCCGCACGUGUAGUAAAUGCAAACCCGGCUUUUGGUCGUACCCUCACUGCCAACUGUGCAGAUGUGAUCUGAGAGGCGCGACGGACGACAUCUGCGAUCAAAGCACUUCGCGAUGCUUUUGCAAGGAGAACGUUGACGGAGAGUAUUGCGAUCAAUGCAAACCCGACUCAUAUUAUUUGGAGGAAAACAAUUCGUUGGGCUGUACGAAGUGCUUCUGUUUUGGCACUACUGAUCGCUGCACCAGUUCUUCGCUUCGAACCGUUCAGAUACUUGAUAUGCAGAAGGGCUGGAAUGUGGUCACUCUACUCUUCACCGAUACCAUGGGAAUGGAAGUGCAUCUCAUUAAUAAAGAUCACAUCAAUGUUGAGUACGAGUCCGGACGAGUUAAGUGCAGACAACCGGCGCUCAGACCCGCCGAUUCGACGGCCAAUUUUAUACUAUACUUCUCUCUACCGGAAGAAUAUUUGGGAAAUCGGAUCACAUCUUACGGCGGAAUUAUUAAAUAUAAAUUAGUGAACACUCGAGACAAAGAUAGGUCUGACUCGACGGGAAUGGUUGCCGCGGAUCUGGUUUUGAGGGGCAAUAAUAUUACCAUAAUUCACGAACACAUCGAACAGCCCUCUCUGGACGACCCCUUCGAGUUCAGCGCUAAACUUGUGGAGAGAGAGUUCAGACAUUUGAAUGGACACGACGUGAGUCGGGAACAAAUGAUGAUGACUUUGGUUGCUUUGGACGCCAUUUAUAUCAGGGGAACAUAUUUUGAACCCAUUUCUGACAUAUAUUUGGAAAAUGUAUUACUGGACAAAGCGGUCGACGGACGCCGUGUAGCCGACGCUCCCCGCGCUUCCACUGUUGAACAAUGCAUAUGUCCGCCAAACUAUAGGGGAACUUCUUGUGAGGAGUGUGCGCCGGGAUAUUUCCGCGCUCUAACGGGGCCUUAUCUGGGUUUUUGUGUUCCCUGUUCUUGUAAUGGCAAAUCAAGUGAAUGCGAUUCCGUCACUGGAAAGUGCUUUAACUGUCAAUACAAUACAGAGGGUGAUCACUGUGAACGAUGUGUCUCAGGGUAUCAUGGUGAUGCCACCAGGGGUACUCCUUAUGAUUGCCUAAUAUGCGCCUGUCCUCUACCACUGGCCAGCAAUAAUUUUGCCACGAGUUGCGAAGUGUCUCACAACGGUCUUGAGAUCAGUUGUUAUUACGGUUCCCGAUGUGACGUGUGCUCUGCCGGACACUUUGGACGACCAGAAGUGAUUGGCAGCAGUUGUCAGGCGUGCAGUUGUAGCGGAAAUAUUGAUUACAACAAUCCGGGCAGUUGUGAGUCCACUACCGGUGAGUGUCUUCAGUGUCUUCACAACACGACAGGCCGUGGAUGCGAACUCUGCAGCUCUGGUUUCUAUGGAGACGCCAUUCAGAUGAAGAAUUGCUCCAAAUGUUCGUGCGAUGAGUGCGGGACUGAUGUCUGCAAUCACUACACCGGCGACUGUAAGUGUCGGCCAAAUGUUGUGGGCAAUGGCUGUGAGCGCUGCGCAACCGAUCACUGGGCCUUCAAGUCUUGUAAAGGGUGUCAACGAUGUCACUGUCAGUUGGGUUCAGUGGGCACCGCCUGUGACGACGAGACGGGCCAAUGCAAGUGCAGACCAGGGGUUACCGGUCAACGAUGUGACACCUGUGAGGCGGGCUUUUGGAAAUACAGUCAAUUCGGCUGUACGUCCUGUAACUGCGCUGAGAAGUACUCUUACGGCGCUGUUUGCGACCAACAGUCGGGUCAGUGCCAGUGUUUGCCCGGAGUUGUGGGCGACAAGUGUGACAGUUGUCCCCACAGAUGGGUAUUCAUUGCCAAAACGGGUUGCAAUGAGUGCGGGCCGUGUGUUCACGAGUUGUUGGACGACACGGACGCUCUCAAGCUAUUGAUCGAUCCGUUGAGACACGAAAUGCAAGACACGUCCUCAACAGUGUUCGCUUUCAGACGACUCAGUCAUGUCAACAGAUCUUCGCUAAACAUCGAGGAAGCGGUCGAAAAGAUGAAACAAAAUCCCAAACAAAUUGAUUUAUUACCGCUCUUUACGAGCGCUCAGAAUCUGAACCAAGAAAGCGAAUCAUUGCUCAGUAAAAGCGAAUCUGCUCUCAAAGAAGUGGCAAAAAUAUUAGUCGAAACCCUAUCCGUGAGAGACGACUCUUCAAUGAGUGAUCAACUAAUAAGAGAAGCCAUUAUGAAGUCGGCUCUUGUGGUCGAAAGUCUGAAACAAUUGGAAGAAGGCUUUGGAUUAGCGUCGGCUCUAAUCGGACAAAAUAUUGAACGCAAGGUCUCUGAAGCCGAAUGGAUGGCACAGGAGGUCAGGAAUAAGAGUUUCGCCGAAUCGCACAAUAACUCCAACAAUGAAUUAAAAGAAGCGAAACUAUUAUUUGACAAAAUGAAUGACUUUAAAGUCCCCGCAUUUGCCGCCAAACAAAAGAUCAAUGAAACCAUUGAUAAUGUGGUGAAUGUUAUCAAACUAUUAUCAGAACUAAUGAACAAAAGUCACGAAUCGCUCAAAAUUGUUGUCAAAGUAGAGGAACUGAAUACAGAGAUUCAGAGCAGACAAUUCGAUAGAGAUAUCACUAAUUUGAAGGCAAGUAGUGAAGAAGUUCUCCAAAUACUCAACAAAUCCAGAGAAUUAGUCGAAGAGACAAAGAAGUCUUCCACUUCUUUUGAGUCACUAAUCGUUGAUUUGAUUCAAAUGUCUCGACGACUAGAGAGCGAUACGAUUAAAGUGAAUGAAUCUAAAGCUAAACAACACUCAGAGGACAACGAAUACGGACCGCUUCUAACAAAAGCCGAGUCUCACGUGUCAUCUCUUCGGAGACAAAGCGAUGAAUUGGAGCGAAUGUUUUCCGGAACCAGAAGUAGAUCUAACGACCCGUUAAAAGCGGCCAAUGCUUACAAUUCUAUUAUCGAAACGUUAGAUAACGCGACCAAACUGUCCAAAGAUGCCAUCAGUUCCUCCCAAAAGGCUUCCGAAGAUUCGACACAAAAUGAAUUGAUUGGACGUAAGGAUAAAAGCCAUCAAUUAUCACAAGAAUCGCAUAAAUUAAGUAAUAAAAUAGAGUCAGAGUUAGCCCAACCUCUCAACAGAGCUCUACUUAAAGUGAAUGACAUUGAAAAGCAAAUCAAUAUAUUAUCGACUAAUGAAACGUUGAAAAAACUUCCGGAACUGAAAGAUCUGAAAGAAUUGGGAGAGAAGGCGACGACAGCCGUGGAUGCGGCCGAUAAGGCGACCACAAAAAGUACAGAUAGAGUCGUGGAAAUUGUGGCCAAAAUCGAUGAGAUAAUGAAUAGAGCGGCAAAAGUACCGCAAGAUAUGAAUGAUGUGAACAAUGCUAUCCGUCAGAGUCAGAGCUAUAUAGAGCACAGUUCUGACAAAAAACCGGAUCAAAAUCGUAUCGAAGAAGUGAAGAACAAAUACGAAAAACUCAAGACUCUUAGGGAUGGAUAUAAGCUUAAGAUCAAUGAUUUGCAGCGAAAGGUCGAUUUGGCUCGACAUCAGGCAAACCGAAUCAAAUUGGCCGCAGAAUUGAGAACCGAUUCCUAUCUACAGCUCAAUAAUCCGGAAUCACUUCGAGAGUCGGCAUCGCAUACAAAACUGUCGCUAUUUUUCCGCACAACAGAACCCAACGGUCUGUUGGCUUAUAUCGGAAAUCCCAUAUCAAUCGCAAGAAAGCGAAAUCUUAAACGAUCCGAACCUUCGGAAGAAGUAGAUCCAGAAGAAGAUCAGACGUCGCCCUCUAAUCGCAAAGUAGUAUUACAUGACUUCAUGGCAUUGGAGUUGCAGUCGGGAUAUGUUGUGCUGAACUGGGAUUUAGGGGCCGGCAGUUCGACACCCAUUCGUAAUGAGAAGUACGUGAGUGACUGGAAGUGGCAUCAAGUGAUUGUCGAACGCAUCGGCAAAGCAAUCAAACUUGUGAUCAAAUCUCAGGGCGAAGUGGACUCAGUGGUGGAGACGUCAACGCAGGGCUCGUUCAGUGUCUUCAAUCUCGAUGAACACAAUUCGCGAAUAUUUAUCGGAGGAAUUCCAGACAAUGUUAAGGUUCAGGACGUGAUUCAACACAAGAGAUAUAAGGGUCACGUCGAGGACAUCGUUCUCGGGGAGAGUCCUCUCGGUUUGUGGAACUUUAAAGACUCGCAUAACGUGUUCGGCGCUAAAGAGAGGGAGAGUUUAGUGAACUUAGACUCGUCUGACGGCUUGUACUUCGAUGGCAGCGGUUAUGCCAUCCUUUCGAGAGGAAGACUUAACUUAACGAAAGAGACAUACAUUCGACUUAAGUUCAAGACGUUUGCAAAGGAGGGCCUAUUGUUACUCAUUGGACACGAACGAGACUUUUUAGCACUCGAGUUGAGGAAUGGAUUCAUUUACUUCAUGUAUGACUUGGGAAGCGGUCCUUAUAUUCUCAAAAGUAAUAUCACAUUCAAUGACGGAAAAUGGCAUUCAAUUGAUUCCAAUCGGUUCGACAAAGAGGGCGCCAUUUCAGUGGACGGAGCGCUUCUCGAUCACGGGAUGGCCAUUGGCCUCAACACUGAACUCUCGACCACCGAUGAUAUAUACAUCGGAGGAUAUCCUAAUCACCACCUGUUCUAUGAGGUGACAAAUGUUGACUUCGAGGGAUGUAUUAAAGAGUUACAAAUCGGAACCGAACAGCAAAAUCUGCAAAACCUAAAGGAAGUGUUGAGAGCAGUGCCCGGAUGUCCCACUACUUCGGGACGAACCGCUUCUUUCAGCAACGACUCGACCGGUUAUGUGGCCAUCGAUUCUGACCUUAAUCUCGACCGAAACGUUCAAAUCACUCUCAAUUUCAAGACAUUUAAUCCAAACGGUCUACUCUUUUAUGUGUCAAAUAACGAUCAGACCUCCCAUUUAGCCAUAUAUCUGGAAUCGGGAACUCUUAGUCUUCGUGUACAACCCGGCGGAACCAUUCGCACAGAUGACCGCACCUAUAAUGACAAACAAUGGCAUUACAUAACCGCCAGCUUUACUCCCGAAAGGCUGCGUUUGGAUGUCGACGAUAUCAACUCAUUCACGAUAGAGACCAAUGAAAAAAAUGAAUUAACAUUAGGCGAGACUAAAGUCAUAUAUUUCGGUGGCGUUCCCGCAGACAUCUCCAAGCAUUCAAACUUUGUGUCCAAUAUUCCCACGUCUUUUGUCGGCUGUUUAGGUGACGCCACUGUCAACGAGAAGUUUCAAAACUUUGCCGACACUCCCAACAAACCAAACGCUUCUCUCACAAGUUGUCCGCUCACUCAUCACAAGAGUUUUGAUAACUCAGACGAAGAAACUAAACCUUUAACAAUGAUUACGGAUAGUCCGAUGUCUGAGAUCUCGUCAACAGCGCCAUCAGUGCCAAUGUGGUCGACAUCACAGCCGCCACCCAUAGGACAGUGCAAACUAUCUCCCGUUCCCACCAAAGAUACCAAACCGUUGGCACCAAAUGUGGUUCGGUUUGGAGACACCCAUUGGAGUCGACAUGAAUUCGCCAUAUCAUCAGAAGUGGCCACAGGUUUGCUCGAAGAAAGCGGUUUCCAAAUUGAGUUCAAAACCACUCACGAAGAAGGGGUCAUAUUCUACGUGACGUCCGCUAAUAAUAUAGAUUACGUGAGUCUAUACUUAUUGGAGGGUAAAGUGCAUUACGCCUGGGAUUGCGGUUCCGGACGAGCGAUAAUCGCGUCGAAUAACGACUACAGCGACGGUCAGUGGCAUAAAGUGACGUUCAGUCGGAAGGGAAGGAACGGAAUGUUACGCAUCGAUGACGGGAAGGAAGAAUAUUCCGCCGCAUCGACGGGAACCACCAACUCGUUGAACGUCAAGUCUCCCAUAUUUAUCGGUGGUAUUCCUGAAGAGUUGAGUAAAUCGGCGAAAAACAAUUUGCGCGGAAUUGAUAAGACGGGGUCUUUGCCCACAUCAGUGGUCACAUCAUUUGGCGGAUGUCUCGCAAAUCUUAGUGUUCACGGAAAUCAAUACGAGUUUGAGACGGAAAGUGUGGGCUAUAAUGUAUCCCAAUGUGUGUCGAGUGUAGAGUCGGGUUCGUUCUUCCACUCAGACGGCGGUCACAUCAGACUCUAUGAGGAGUUCAGAGUUGGCUCACAAUUCUUUGUCAAUUUUGAGAUAAAGCCGCGAACGCUGUCCGGAGUUUUGCUCGCAGUCUUCGGACAAACCGAUUAUCUCGUCAUUUAUCUAAAUGACGGUAAUCUGACCUUCUCUGUGGACAACGGGGCGGGUUCAUUUAAUGUGACUUUUAUUCCGGUUUCAAAAUAUUACUUUUGCGACGGGGAAUGGCAUUCAGUACAGGCGAGUAAGAUUAAUAACGUGGUCACUCUUACAAUCGACAAACAAAGCACAGACACGGGAAUAGGCGUCGGAGGUGUCUCUUCUACCGAUACUAAGGAUCCGCUAUAUAUUGGAGGAGUUCCGAGAGAUGUGAGAGAAUCUAAAGGAUUGGUCGAUAACUUUGUCGGAUGUUUACGUAUACUAGAGAUGAAUAGUCGCCGACACUCUCUAAAUCAGGCCCGAGUCGAAGGACACGUUACUCUCAAUUCAUGCUCACUCUUAUCGGUUGCAAAUGUUGUUAAUUCUAACUCAUCGUCUCAAUUGAAUUUGUCGACCGAUAAUAAAGUGUCGUCUUUUCCGCAGUCCAUAUCUGAACCGGUUAUGAAUUUGACGUUAAAUAACAGCUCAAAAAACGUGCAAAACCGACGAGAUAUGGACACCGAUCACAGUUUGGCACAAACUAUAGUCGGAGACGGAGAACGCGAGACCUGGAAUAAAAAGGUUGAUUUCCUGCUCUCCGUCAUUGGUUUUGCUGUCGAUCUUUCAAAUGGCGCGUUUCUCAUUCCAUACGUGAUUAUGUUAGCCGUUGGAGGGAUUCCUCUGUUUUUCAUGGAACUAGCGUUAGGCCAAUUCCAUCGCAAAGGAGCCAUCACUUGUUGGGGCAGAAUUGUGCCACUUUUCAAAGGUGUUGGCUAUUCAGUGGUUUUAAUAGCAUUUUACGUAGACUUUUAUUAUAACGUGAUCAUCGCAUGGGCGCUGCAUUUUUUCCUAUCGUCGUUCCAGUCAGAACUACCAUGGACCAAAUGCAAUAACCCCUGGAAUACUCCCGAUUGCUAUGAAUUUCUUACCGACGACGCCAUCCCUGUCUUUUCAAACACUACUUCUAUGGAAACUCCACUUCGAAACGAAACUCAAAAACGAAAGUCACCGGCACUCGAAUACUUCAAUCUUUGGAAAGGAAUCUCCACUUCAGGUUCAUUAGAUGGCAUCAAGUAUUAUCUAACGCCAGACUUUAACGCACUUUACAACGCGAACGUAUGGGUAGACGCGGCCACACAAGUCUUUUUCUCAUUAGGACCAGGUUUUGGCGUAUUGUUAGCGUUUGCCAGUUAUAACCAAUUCCACAACAAUGUGCACAGGGAUGCACUCCUUACCAGUGCUGUCAACAGUUUCACCAGUUUUUUGGCCGGUUUUGUCAUAUUCUCAGUACUCGGAUAUAUGGCUCAUCGCAUGAAAGUAGAUGUGAAAGAUGUGGCCGCAGAGGGACCGGGGCUUGUAUUCAUCGUAUAUCCGGAAGCCAUCUCAACAAUGCCUGGCGGACCCAUUUGGUCCGUUAUAUUCUUCCUAAUGCUUCUUACUUUAGGACUCGACAGCUCAUUUGGUGGCAGUGAAGCCAUAAUUACAGCUCUAAGCGAUGAAUACGGAAUAAUAAAGCGGAAUCGGGAGUGGUUUGUGGCCCUUCUCUUCUCACUCUAUUUUAUGGUCGGACUCCUCAGCUGUACUCAGGGUGGCGCAUAUAUAGUCAAUCUUCUCGAUCGUUUUGCUGCCGGAUAUUCCAUAUUAUUUGCGGUACUCUUUGAAGCCAUUUCUGUUUCUUGGAUUUACGGUGUGAGACGCUUCUCAGCAGACAUCAAAUCAAUGCUAGGCUUUGAGAUUUCAAUUUGGUGGAAAUUCUGUUGGGGUUUUGUCGCUCCAUUUUUCAUUAUGUUCAUUAUAUUCUAUGGUUUGGUCAAUUUUGAGCCCCUUAAGUAUGAUCAGUACGUAUACCCGCUUUGGGCCAAUGUGUUGGGUAUGUGUAUCGCCGCCUCAUCGGUCCUUUGCAUACCAGUGAUGGCUUUGUGGCAAAUAUACAAAACUCCCGGAACUUUCAGAGAAGUAUUAGAUUUGUUGGAUGUAUUUUAA